UUUAUAGUAGAAAAUCACAUAUCAAUAACGUGUUAUGUUAUUUUAUGACCAAUGAAACAUUUGAACACAAAAAAUGUGCGAACAUCAUAUAAUACUAAUGAUGCAAAGUUACUGUGAGCAGCCAAUAAUUUCUCAAACCACCAACGGAAUGUUUGACCCGUUUCCUCAUUCGUUUUGGGUCUUCUUUUUAUUAGUUUCCAUGAGCUUCACAUGUUCUCUCUCUUCUUUCUCUCUCCUUCCCACUUUCCAUGGACCAGCCAACUGAUGAAAACGCGGAAGCAUUUCGCACCCCUCCAUAGAUAAAAAUGAAACAGUCAAAAAAGAAAGAGAGUUUACUUUCCACAUUCCAACUUGACACAGGUCUUUAUUUUGUAAAGUUAGUAUCAACAGACACGGCUGCAUCCGGUUCAUGUCGGUUGGUCGGUCAAUCCUGUGAUUCCUGGCCUUAUAUUUAUAGAGAGACACAGAAACCCAGAAACCCAGAAACCCAGAAUUGGAUUGCCACGAUUCUCUUAACCCAUCGAAGAAACCUCAAACGAGAGAUUCUUGUUGAAGGAAGCAGAGGAGAGAGAGAGAGAGAAGCUCCUCCCCUCCCUCUCCAUAUAUUUUCCCCAAUUCUUUUUGUUUGUUCUCUCUUUCUCUCUCUUUCAUUUUAAUUCCUAGAUAUUUAGUUGGAAUCUUUUCUCAUCUGUAUAUGUUUCUCUCUCCAUCUCUGUAUAACCAAAUUUGUUGGUCCCCUGCACACUUUCUGGGCCUCUACCAUUAAUUUUGCGGACCUCCCACAAGCAAGUACUAGGCACUGAAUUAAAUAUCGUGUUUCUUCAUCAACUGGGUCGAUCAUGGCGAGCUGGGUCUUGUCAGAUUGUGGCGUAAGACCCCUCCCUCGUGUUUUAGCUCGACCCAGAACCCGAUGUGUCUCUCAUAACAACACCAAGAUUCGAUUUCCCGAAUGCAAGAAAAGUUAUGUUGUUCGUCCAACAGAUCUCAGACCCCUUUCGAUCUGCCUCUUAGGUGGUGGUGGUGGUGGUUCCAGAGGUAGAGAUUGGGGACUCAAGGUGAGUACUCCCUUGAAGGUCCCAUCCAUCGACGGAGAGGAAAAAGAAGCAGAGAAGAUGGUUUUGAAUGGUGUGAAUGGGAUUGAUGGGAUCGGCGUCGAAGAUGAUUUCGAUCCAAGUAAUCCUCCUCCGUUCCGUUUGGCAGAGAUUCGAGCGGCCAUACCCAAACAUUGUUGGGUUAAGGAUCCAUGGCGCUCAAUGAGCUAUGUUGUUAGGGAUGUGGUUGUGGUUCUUGGGAUGGCUGCUGCUGCCGCUUACCUCAACAAUUGGCUUGUCUGGCCUCUCUACUGGGCUGCACAGGGAACCAUGUUCUGGGCUCUCUUUGUUCUUGGCCAUGAUUGUGGUCAUGGAAGCUUUUCGAACAACCCUCGGUUAAAUAGUGUGGUUGGGCAUAUCCUCCAUUCCUCAAUCCUUGUACCCUAUCAUGGAUGGAGAAUUAGCCACAGAACACAUCAUCAGAACCAUGGGCAUGUUGAGAACGACGAAUCGUGGCAGCCGUUAACUGAAAGGAUCUAUAAAGGGUUGGAUGACAUGACCAAAAAGUUGAGGUUUACAGUGCCUUUCCCUUUGUUGGCAUAUCCAAUCUAUCUUUGGAAGAGAAGUCCUGGAAAGGAAGGAUCUCAUUUCGAUCCCAACAGUGACCUCUUUAAUCCCAGCGAAAGGAAGGAUGUUCUCACCUCCACUCUGUGUUGGUCGGCAAUGGCCACAUUGCUUGUGGGAUUGUGCUUUGCUUUUGGACCAAUUCAAAUGCUUAAGCUUUAUGGGGUUCCCUACUUGGUUUAUGUCAUGUGGCUAGAUUUUGUAACCUACUUGCAUCACCAUGGUCACGAGCAAAAACUUCCUUGGUACCGUGGGAAGGAAUGGAAUUACUUAAGAGGAGGGCUAACGACUCUUGAUCGUGAUUAUGGGCUGAUUAACAAUAUCCACCAUGAUAUAGGAACUCAUGUGAUUCAUCAUCUCUUCCCACAAAUACCACAUUAUCACUUAAUUGAAGCGACUGAAGCAGCUAAGCCUGUUCUUGGGAAGUACUAUAGAGAACCGAAGAAAUCCGGCCCUUUACCAUUUCACUUGAUUGGAUAUCUAAUAAGAAGUAUGAGAAGCGACCACUUUGUUAGUGAUACAGGGGAUGUUGUUUACUACCAGACUGACCCCAAUCUUUUUGGAUCUUCGGGGAAGAAGUCAGAGUAGAAGAAGUAUUCAAGCUUUAGCUGAAUCAGGGGAAGGUAUUAACACUACUUAGAAUAAUUCUUCAAGCUAAAUACUGUGGAGGAGGGACUCCCAUUCUGGUACCCAGUAAUAGUUUUUAAUAAUUUUCUUCCAAAAUCCUGGAGGGGAGAUUGUAUUCCUCACAAAGACAGUUGAGUCCUGAACUGGAUAAAGCCUAGUUCAUAGUUAGCUUUAGUUUAUAAUAUUGAUUUUAAGUGGCUCUUGUAGUGAAAUGAAGCAUUUGUAGUUGUUUAUGCUGAAAGAAAUUUCGCUUUCAGCAUGCUCUGACUAUUUCCAAUUGAAAGAUUGAAAUGGGAAUGGAAAGAAAGAGAAUUUUUUGUAA